GCCACCGCUGCUGGAGGAAGGGCUGCUCUGCACGCACCUAUGUGGAAGCCGAGGUCCAGGGGAACAGCCUGACCUGCCGUAGCCAGUGAGUGACCGAGGCAGGACCAGAACCCGCUGUUUCCUGUCCGGUUAUUCCCGCUGUGGCUUGGAGUCCUGGUGAAUAGACCUGGGCCAUGGUGGCUUUGUUAACGGUCCUUGUUCUCCUGCUGGCCCUGAGGAGAGGGGAGAGUGAAUUAGAUGCCAAGAUCUCCUCCGCAGAGAAGGCCACAGAAUGGAGGGAUCCUGACCUGUCCCUGCUGGGGUCCUGCCAGCCUGCCCCCUCCUGCCGGGAAUGCAUCCUCUCACACCCGAGUUGUGCGUGGUGCAAGCAACUGAACUUCACGGCGUCGGGGGAAGCGGAGGAGCGGCGCUGCGGCCCCGCCCAGGAGCUGCUGGCCCGCGGCUGUGCCCCGACGGCGCUGGAGGAGCCCCGCGGGCGGCAGGAGGUGCUGCAGGAGCGGCCGCUGGGCUCGGGCUUCCGCGGCGAGGGGGCCACGCAGCUGACGCCGCAGCGGGUCCGCGUGGCGCUGCGCCCCGGGGAGCCGCAGCGGCUGGCCGUGCGCUUCCGCCGGGCCGAGGGCUACCCGGUGGACCUGUACUACCUCAUGGACCUGAGCUACUCCAUGAAGGACGACCUGGAGCGCGUGCGCCAGCUCGGCCACGACCUGCUGGUGCGGCUGCGGGAGGUCACCCAGUCGGUGCGCAUCGGCUUCGGCUCCUUCGUGGACAAGACGGUGCUGCCCUUCGUGAGCACGGUGCCCGCCAAGCUCCGCCACCCCUGCCCCACCCGGCUGGAGCGCUGCCAGCCGCCCUUCAGCUUCCGCCACGUGCUGUCCCUGACCGGCGACGCCACAGCCUUCGAGCGAGAGGUGGGCCGCCAGAGCGUGUCGGGCAACCUGGACUCGCCCGAAGGCGGCUUCGAUGCCAUUCUGCAGGCUGCGCUCUGCCAGGAGAAGAUCGGCUGGAGAAACGUGUCCCGGCUGCUGGUGUUCACUUCAGACGACACGUUCCACACAGCUGGGGACGGGAAGUUGGGUGGCAUUUUCAUGCCCAGCGAUGGGCACUGCCACUUGGACAGCAACGGCCUCUACAGUCGCAGCCCAGAGUUUGACUACCCCUCUGUGGGCCAGGUAGCCCAGGCCCUGUCCGCAGCAAACAUCCAGCCCAUCUUUGCCGUCACCAGUGCCACGCUGCCUGUGUACCAGGAGCUGAGCAAGCUGAUUCCUAAGUCCGCAGUGGGGGAGCUGAGUGAGGACUCCAGCAACGUGGUUCAGCUCAUCAUGGACGCGUACAAUAGCCUGUCAUCCACUGUGACCCUCGAACACUCCGCGCUCCCUCCUGGGGUCCACAUCUCCUAUGAGUCUCUGUGUGGGGAUCCUGAGAAGAGGGAGGCUGAGGCUGGGGACCGCGGCCAGUGCAGCCACGUCCCCAUCAACCACACGGUGAACUUCUUGGUUACUCUCCAAGCUACCCGCUGCCUCUCAGAGCCCCAUCUUCUGAGGCUCCGAGCCCUUGGCUUCUCAGAAGAGCUGACUGUGGAGCUGCACACCCUGUGUGACUGUAACUGCAGCGACACCCAGCCCCAGGCGCCCCACUGCAGUGACGGCCAGGGGCUCCUGCAGUGUGGGGUAUGCAGCUGUGCCCCCGGCCGCCUGGGUAGGCUCUGUGAAUGCUCCGAGGCCGAGCUGUCCUCCCCAGACCUGGAGUCUGGGUGCCGGGCCCCCAACGGGACAGGGCCCUUGUGCAGCGGGAAGGGACGGUGCCAGUGUGGACGCUGCAGCUGCAGUGGACAGAGCUCCGGGCCUCUGUGCGAGUGUGAUGAUGCCAGCUGUGAGCGACACGAGGGCAUCCUCUGUGGAGGCUUUGGCCACUGCCAGUGUGGAAGGUGUCACUGCCACGCCAACCGCACCGGCUCAGCGUGCGAGUGCAGCAUGGACACGGACAGCUGUCUGGGUCCAGAGGGGGAGGUCUGCAGCGGGCGCGGGGACUGCAAGUGCAACCGCUGCCAGUGCCGGGACGGCUACUUCGGUGCCCUCUGUGAGCAGUGCCCAGGCUGCAAGACAUCAUGUGAGAGACACAGGGACUGUGCUGAGUGUGGGGCCUUUGGGACUGGUCCCCUGGCCACCAAUUGCAGCGUGGCUUGCGCCCAUUACAACGUGACUCUGGCUUUGGUCCCUGUCCUGGAUGACGGCUGGUGCAAAGAGAGGACCCUAGACAACCAGCUGCUGUUCUUCCUGGUGGAGGAGGAGGCCGGAGGCAUGGUCGUGUUGACAGUGAGACCCCAAGAGAGAGGCGUGGAUCACACCCAGGCCAUCGUGUUGGGCUGUGUAGGGGGCAUCGUGGCAGUGGGGCUGGGGCUGGUCCUGGCUUACCGGCUCUCCGUGGAAAUCUACGACCGCCGAGAAUUCAGCCGCUUUGAGAAGGAGCAGAAGCACCUCAACUGGAAGCAGGAAAACAAUCCUCUCUACAGAAGCGCCAUCACGACCACGGUCAACCCCCACUUUCAGGAGACAGGGAGUCUCCUUUCCUGAAGUGGGGGAGAACACUCAGGACUCCUGAGGAAUGGCUGUCACCUACUUCAUCCCCUGAGGGACACCGAGGGGCCUCCUGCUGCAGCCUGGCUUCCCUCCUCACAAGGAGUGAGGCGUAGCCCCUGCUGCUCCCCGAACACA